AUGGCAGUGAUGCAGCUCUGGGCAGCGGUUUUCAUCACUUAUGGAGUCGCUACAGGAAUCGCACAGGUGUGUAUGAGUAAAGAGAUGAACGCAUCUGCUACUUUUCCACUGGACAUGGCUCCACAAUCUGUUGAUGACAUGUACAAAGGCUGUAAUGACAGUAUGAAUGCAACGGCAAAUAUGUACCUGCUGAAUGAGACAAACAUGGACAAAGACUUUAGCCAGGCCUGGAAUAAAUCUGAAAAAGCCUACUGGAAUAAAUAUGAAAAGAUAAAGUCACUGGAAAAAGAUCUGUUCAAGGCGAUUCAUGUUUACACUCUCGGUGAUCCAAAAAUCUAUCUUGACCUGAACAAAGCAGUUCGAACCCAGAAAUCCCAAUAUGGGACCACAUUCAGGUACCAUGCACUUCACUUCUUCCUGACCAGAGCCAUCCAAACUCUGAAUGCUGAGAAGCCUGAAGAAGAAAGAUGUCUGACCAGCUAUCGUAGGACCAGUGUUAGCUUCAGCCAGGAUGUUCUCAACAAGAAGUUUCGCUUUGGCUCGUUCACGUCCAGCUCACAGGGGGAUUAUCCCUCAGGGAACUUUGGUAAAGUGUCGUGCUUUAAGAUUGUCACAUGCUUUGGAGCAGACAUCCAGCGGUAUUCUGCCUUGGGAAAGCACGAAAGAGAAGUUCUCAUUCCUCCUUAUGAGAUAUUUAAAGUCACAAAAAUAAUUACGGGAACCGAAAGGAACAACAAAAAAAACGACUGGUGCAGCGUGGUCUAUAAGCUGCAGAGCACCCAGACACCCAGGGCUGAUUUAAACUGUUAGCUAAGGUCCCAGAGGAUAAAAGCCUUCUUUAGAAUGGUCCCACCUCACCGGCCUGUAGGCAGCUUGGUGAAGAUGCUGGCAGGUGUAAUAAUGCUGCUCAUCAUCUCUCUAGUCCUUGUAAAGCAAAGGCAGAAUAGUUUUAGCUGUGGUGCUGGGUUCUCUGAUGCCAAUGAUCACUAUGGGGAUUUGGACAAGAAGGUAGAGCAUCGCAUAGGACAUUAUUUAACAUGGGACAAAUGUUAACACAAAUCCAAAAAACUCACUGGCAUUAAAAUGAGAAACUUUAUCAGCCUCAGGUGUUUUAAUGUGACUAU